AUGACUUCUGAAAUAUCGGUUCCUGCUCCUGUUUUAUCAACAAAUCAUCAGUUUUACAGAACAGAACAGCUUCAUAGAAAGGGCCCCAGAAUUUUGGCUCAUGAUCUAAUUUCGAAAUUCUCCCUUGAUUUAGUAGCUAAACAGAUUCUUGACUUUGAGAUUACCAAACUUUCAGAAAACGAUUCUCAGUCAUGCAAAUGUACUGGUUCUGAUACGCUGUCUGCUGAUACGAAAAGCAAAUGUGCAUCAACGAAACUUUCUCAAAAAACUACAGCUAUUGCACUCCAGUUCCCAGACAAGCUUAUUCCCGAUUCAGCAUAUAUUACCCAUGAGCUAAACCACCAAAUUGAAAACGUAUACAAAAGCUCCGAGUUUUCCAAUCAGCUUACCUUACCAAGACUUUUUGUUCUUGGUGACUCAUCAUACUCUCCAUGUUGUGUGGAUGUUGUUGCAGCACAACACAUUUAUGCUCAUAUAAUUGUUCAUUUUGGCACUGCUUGCCUAAACCCAGUUUCCAACGCUCAAGUGAUUUACGUUUUUGGGAAAGAGAAGCUAGGUUUCGGGAAAGAAAAUUUACUCAAGGCAAUAAACGAAACUUAUAAUAAUGAACCUGAAAUUGAAAAUGUGGUUUUUGUUUAUGAUCCCGAGUUUGAAUAUGAACUUGUCGGGUUUGUCAAUGCUAACUUUGAUAACAAUGGAGAUAAUUCUACUCCACAAGUUAUUAAUACACUGUUAAAAAAGCCUUCGGAUUCUUCAGUCAUUAUUCCAAGCAUAACUUCUUCUACACAGCAAGAAAUCACAGAUCCAUCAUUCUUGCAAAUCCCUGGACGAGACAUAGAAAACAAAAACUUUGACACAGACGAGUUUUUAAGUUCAGGAUCUAUAUUUUAUGUUACAUAUGGUACCCCUUCUCCAUCAUACCUUCUUCAUCUCACAACCCUUGGUAGUAGGGUUUUCAUCAUUGAUGGCACCAGAGCUGAGGCAUGUGUUAAAACUCCAGAAACUAAUUUACAACGCAGAUACCGAAGCAUGAAUGAAGCAAGAAUGGCAUCCACUAUUGGAAUCUUAAUUAAUACUUUAUCAUUACGUGAUGUGAGCGAUGCAAUUACUCGUAUACAACAGUGGAUCACAGCUGCAGGGAAGAAAUACUACACAUUUGUUGUGGGAAAACCAAACGUUCCUAAGCUGGCAAAUUUUGAUGUAGUAGAUGUGUGGGUUGUUCUGGGUUGCCCUCGUGGAGGAAUAAUUAUGAGUAACAAUGGUGGCCAAAAUCCAGAUUACUAUAAACCUAUAAUUACGCCAUACGAACUUAAACUGGCAUUACAACCAAUGGUCACAUGGACUGGAAAAUGGGCUAUACAGCUUGAAAAUGUUUUAAAUAAUAUGCGAAACUUGGGACUAGAAGAUGAGGAAGAAGAAGAAGAGGUCCAGAAUAAACCAAAUGAUGAACCAAUUGACGACGAUGAAUCUGAACCUCCAGAAUUUGACCCAGUUACCGGAAAGUACGUGAGCACUUCACGACCGCUUCAUACACGACGGAUUACACAUCUUGACGUUCAAACAGAAGAAGACGAAGAAGACUUUAAAAACAGUUCUUCUGAAAGCAACGGAUCUCAAUCAAAAGGACUUGUAGUUCGUCAUUCCUCACACCUCGUUAUUCGCAAUACUGUAUCGACUGCUGCCGACCAUUUGUACAAUAAAUUGUCUUGGACAGGUCUGGGAAGUGACUUCAAAGAAGUAGAUGAGGAGGAAGGUAAUGAAAAACGAUAUGCUGAAGUUGAGCGGGGCCGUGGCGGUGUUGCUCGAAGUUAUGGCAUAGUUGAUGAUCACUCUGAGACUUCAAAUAAAAAUUAA